AGUAUCACACAGUACUAAAACACGACGAAAGAUGGCGGAGAUGAGGGAUCGAGGCUGGACUUUGGGCUCAUAUUUGCUGACUUUCCUCGUCAUCAGUUGGUUGCCAGAGAUCGGUGAUUCCAAGCUCAUAACUGUCGAAAGUUCAAAGCACACCGCCCAUGAGACCACCCACGAGACCUACCAACGGCUCCGCAGCCAGAUGGCUCCUACCUUCACCCAGGAGAAACUCUCUCCCCCACCAGCCCACGCAUCCCAAUACCAGACACUCUCCGUCGUCAUGGAAACCAGCAAGAAACGUCAUAACCGCUUCAUCCAAGUGCAAUCACCCCCUUCCAUCUACCCACCGAACAACGUCAUCCUGAUCGAGUACGAAUGCUUGGAGGGCGAGAUGGCUGCCGUCGAUGUCGAGGUGUGGACGGUCUACAACCAACGCUCUCGCCCGGUCCGGCACACGUGGUUGUGCAGUCAGCAUUCCAAACACACGCGGAGAGUCUUUCAGUCGUUGCAGUUACCCGACGGCAUCGUUUACCAACCGGAUUUCCUGAACCGGGAUGUGCACAUCAUCGAGAGGGUAGAAUUGUCUGUAUGGAUAUUAAGUAUAGAUGCUUUCACAUCCAAGAAGAGGGGCUAUUUUGAUUUGUCCAGUGCCAAGGCCAGAUAUAGCGUCCAGGUUUUGCCCACGUAUGCCAGGCCUAGGAAGAAACACCAUAGCAUCGGAUGCUUGUCGUGGGAAGCGGAGAUGAUGCUGAAAUACAGUCAGCGUUGGAAUGGAAUAUUACAGUGCAAUAAAGAAAAUGAGGUCGUUGACCUAAUGACCUUUCCCAUCGCAUUACACAGUGGUUUCCACGGUAUCUCAAGAAACAUUGCUCCUUACAAAGAACCAGGUCUAAGAUUGCUAAUGGAUGCCAACAUCAAUAACCCAAAGUUUACAAUAUCUGCAUAUAUCUUCCUUCUUGAUUACUGCAAGCAUUCCCUGUGUAGCCUGAUCCAUCGUAAGACACAGUACACCAAUAGAUAUGUUACUCCACUACUCUUUCUAAAACAGGAUGGUCAAGUGUUUGUCCAGAUAGAGAAUGAUAAGAAGUCUUACAUGAGUAUGCUGAAUAAGAUCACACUACCCCUGAAGGAAUGGAUCCAUAUGGUCUAUGUACAGGACGGUCGAAAGUGGUCAAUUCAGUUCUUCACCCAGUCCUCGCCCACGUCCACCCAUCUUGUGGGGAGGAGUACGUAUACCAACGAUGUCCACUACAACGAGACUGAUGCUUUCUAUCACCUUGGGGGAAGCAGUGCGGUGAGGUCUUUCAGCGGUUUCAUGGUGGAGGCUAAACUCUGGAGACACCAAGCAAUAGACCCUCAGCAGGUAGCAACAACUCCAUUUGGGGAUCUGAAUUAUACAUCUGACAUCUCAAGGCAUUACCAACAAUGUGAUCAUUUUCACCUGUCAAUGGAGAGGAUCUUUGACAUCUUCAAACUCAAAAAUGAUGACAAACUCAAGAAGGUAACUUGCCCAAGCCAUCAUCCUUAUCUUGCCGAUAACCUUGGUGCGGAAGAAGACGAUCAAGAAUCUUGCAGAUUAUGGGAGCAACCUGCUCCAAGAAGACAACUCAGGCUCUGGAGGUUGCUGCAACGCAGUGCUGUAAUAAACAACAGCUAUGCAGCAACGCAUGAGUGGAUUGGGCACCAACUCUACCAGCAUGUUCUUCAAAGACUGCCGAAGGAAGGCCUUCAAGGUAUGAAGACAAAUAUACCAUGGCUUAGGCAAGCUAGUUGCUAUGGUAACAUGGAUGCUGCUAGUCUCCUAGCAACGGUGUACAAUGCUGGACUUGGAGUACAGACAAACGUGUCAAAGGCUUUGAUCUACUGGCUGGUAGCAGCGCAAGGUGGCAAUCAUCUUGCUAUGCUAGCCUUAGCAAGCAAACAUCACCAAGGCAUUGAUGGCGUCCCCAUUGACAUGGACUAUGCUUUCAACUAUUAUUUCAAGAUUGCUCAGGAAACAGCGUUGGAUAGGACAAAGCACACAGAAAAUGAUAUUCAUUUUGAAGCGAUACGUCUGACGGACGAGCAGCAGCUACAGACCCAGACUGGUGAGAGUGGUGACUAUUUUAAGUGGCUCAAACAUCAAGCUAAACAAGGCGUGGCAGAUGCACAGCUCAAUCUAGCUCGCAUGUAUUACCAUGGUGCGGCAGGGGUGCAGAGAGACAUGGCAGCGGCCGCAGAGUUCUAUCGCCUCAAUGCGGAGCAGAACCCUGCCGAUCCCGUCGCUCAGUACGACUAUGCUGUCCUUCAUCUACGGGGUCAAGGUGUGGAGAAGGAUGAGGAAAAAGGAAUGGAUUACCUCAACAAGUCUGCUGCAUUGGGUCACGGUCCAGCGUAUACCGCCCUCGGUUGGUACAAGCUGAAUUUUGAUCAUGAUGAUAAGGCUGCGGCAUAUUACUUUGAGAAGGGUGAUGCUUUGGGGCAUAGAGAUGCUGCUCAUAACCUGGGAUACAUGCAUCUAUAUGGGAGAUACCCUGGAAAAUCUAUUGAUAGGAUGAAAGCAUUUGAGUACUAUUUGAAGGCAGCCAAGGCUGAUCAUUGGGAUUCAGGUGUAAAGGUCGCUGAACUUUACAACCAAGGCAACGAACAGAUGGCAAGGAACGACGUCAUGGCUGCUGCAUGGGCCCGGUAUGUGGCAGAGAAGAACCGUGAUGUGGCCUGGGUCCUACGCUGGGCUCUGGAUGCCUAUCUAGAGAGCUCCUGGUCCCAGAGCCUGGUCUACUACGCCAUAGCAGCCGAGGCUGGUCUAGAAGUGGGCCAGUUCAAUCUGGCCUACCUCUGUGAUGAAAAUCAUGAUGGUAUUGCUGAGAGAUACAUAGAUAAAGACUGCGCCUGGAAAUACUGGCAACUUGCUGCUGCUUCAGUUCAUCCUCAUCUAACUUCAAUCUUGAAAGUUGCAGACUAUCACUGGUAUGGCUAUAAGAAUGUCUCAAAUCAAGACAAGGCUGUGGAGUAUUACAUCCAAGCUGCAGAGACGAGGCAGUCUCAUGCCGUGUUUAAUUUAGCCAACCUUAUUGAGAAUGGAGUGCACGUGAAGGAUGAUGUCCUGAUAAGGUUAGGUGUUCCAUCAAACAUCUUCAGCAGCAAGAACAACAUCUCAAAGGUCAUGGAACUGUACCGCAUAUGUCGAGAUAGCUCAGAGGAUGCAUAUUUUCCCUGUGGAUUGGCCCUUCUUAAUCUCCAACUCAGGCAGGUGUGGAAGGAACACAACUUGUCUAUACAGGUUGCCAGUGGAUGCAUGGUAUGUCUCCUGACACUAUACACAGCUGCGACAUUCCUUGGAUACCUUGGAGGUAGCAACACACCUAAAAACAUUAACAACAACAAUAGCAAUAACAAUGCUGAUGCCUCAACUGAGCAUCAAGAAGAUAUAGAAUCAAAUCAGUCUCCUACAACUCUCCUAGGUGUUGCUGCAACUAGUACAACCACUACCACAACAUCAACACCAUCGUCAGCGCAAGGUGUUGAGCGGGAGCCUGCAACAUUGGAGUCUCCAAGCACAAGUGGGUCCUCAUCUUGAGUUGUCACAGCGAUGUUGCAGCAAUAAGGAUAUGACUGAAAUAGUACUUACAACAUGUCUGCCACUUUAUAUGAUCAUGGGUAUUUAGUAUGCAUUGUGUGAUUUUGAUCUUUCCGUAAACUGUGCAAUAUGAUUGUUUGUUUGAUUGAUUUAUUAAUUGUUUGAUAUCACUAAAUGGUCCCUAUUCUUCAUUGCUUUACAUUUACUUUUAAGAGGGAUGCAAGUUUUCAGGCCAAAUCUUGAAUUAGGACCCUUGCAAUUUAUUAUCAGGCCAUAGUUUAAGGCUUACGCAAUUAUGUGUAUAUAUUAUAUUUUUAGUGAUUUUCAGACCCUCUAAUCAAUUUCAACUGUCCUCCCUGUAUCUAAGCCAAUGACACGCUGCAGUAUAUAU